CAGGGGCGGCGCGCUGGAACCAGACCCGGCCCGGGGCGCAGGGGCGCGGCCGGCAGCGGCAGGGAAGGCGCGCGGGGAGGGGGCGCGCGCGGAGCAGGGCGCGGGCGGCGGGUGCGUCCCGGCCCCCAGCUUGGAGGUCCCGGCGGCGGCCGAGUCUGUGCCGCCCAGGCGCUGGCAGGAUGCAGGCCAUGGAGCCGGCCGCGGCGGAUCUUUACGAGGAGGACGGCAAGGACCUGGACUUCUAUGACUUCGAGCCGCUCCCCACUCUGCCCGAGGACGAGGAGAACGUGUCACUGGCCGACAUCCUCUCGCUGCGGGACAGCGGCCUCAGUGAGCAGGAAGCCUGGGCCGUGUGCCUGGAGUGCAGCUUGUCCAUGAGGAGUGUCGCCCACUCGGCCAUCUUCCAGACCCUCUGCAUCACGCCUGACACCCUGGCUUUCAACACCAGCGGGAACGUGUGCUUCAUGGAGCAGCUCAGCGAUGACCCCGAGGGCGCCUUUGUCCCCCCGGAGUUCGACGUGACUGGGAACACCUUUGAGGCUCACAUCUACUCUCUGGGGGCCACGCUGAAGGCGGCCCUCGAGUACGUGGCAGAGCCGGAGCCAGAGCCCAGACUGAGCCGCGACCUGGAGGUGCUGCUGGGCCAGAUGCAGGCGGAGGACCCUGGGGACCGGCCCGACCUCGAGAGCAUCAUAGCGCUGUGUGAAGAGAAGAUGCAGUUCACGUCCUCCUGCCGCCUGUGCCGCAGCCUCUCGGCCGUGGGGAGGAGGGUGCUCUCCCUCGAGUCCUUCGGAGCGUUUCAAGAUCUCAGCGAGAGCGCUUGGAGAGGGAGGCUUGCUCCAAGAAGUGCGGGGCCCAGGAGGCAGCCUGGGGACGCAAGUGCUGACCCGGAGGUCCCAGCUUGCCCAGAGGGCCUGCCCCAGACCCCCGCCUGCAAAGGCCCAGAGCACCCCGGGACCCUACUCUCAAAGCCUCUGCUGCCAGAGCCUGUGAGAAAUGGAGAAAGCCACGGCCGGGAGGGGCUGGCCAACCUCAUCCUGGACACCCAGCGCCCCCUGGGUGACCUGGACAGAGGCUUCCUGGAGAGGAGCCGCCUGAGGAAAGUGCAGACAUUUCCCAGGCUCCUGCCUGAGGGCCCCGAGGCCAGCGCCCUCUGCCUGUCGCUGACCAGCACCAAAAACCAGCUGCCCACGCCCGAGCUCCUCCCUCCAGACCCCAGGAAGGCCUUUUCUGAGGAGAAAAAUGGCCUUUCCAGCUUCAAGGCGCAGCUCAAGUCCGGACUAUGGCCAGAGCCAGAACCCGAGCUCCAGUGGGCAGGGGCUCUAGGCGCAGGCCACGGCAGGGACAGGGUGGCGGGGGCGCCCAGCCCUGUGGAGGAGAGCCCCCCGCCCCACCCCGAGGACCCUCACGAGGCAGGCCAAGACCCUCGGACUCCAGGGUCUGACAAGGGGAUUCUGGACGGAGCCGGGGAGCCGGGAAGCACGGCCACGGAGCAGGGUGUCUCCCUGCAAGACCUCUUGUCCAAGCUGGGCCGGCCCUUCAGGGAGUAUGAGCUGUGGGCUCUGUCCCACGCCUGCCUCAGUACGCUGCGAACGCAUGGCCAGCACCCAGCCUGCCUGUGUCUGGACUCCGUGCUAGUGGCCGAGGACGGGGCCGUGCUCUUCGGGCCGCCCCCAGCCAAUGGCGCUUACAACUCGUUCUUUCUGGCUCCCGAGGUUGCAGAGCAAAAGCUGGUGACUGAAAAGGCCUCCGUGUACUGUGUGGCCGCUGUCCUGUGGACGGCAGCCAAGUUCAGCAUCCCCAGAGACCGCAAGCUGGCCCUGCCACGCAGGCUCAAGACCUUCCUCCUGGACAUGGCGAGACGCAGCACCCAGGAGCGUCUAUCUGCAGCCGAGGCCAUCAAGAUAUGCGGCACCUACCUCCUGCAGCGAGGCAUGGACAGCAGGAAGAUCCUAGCCCACCUGCGGGCAUCAACUUGUCAGGUUUACCAGGAGGAAGAGACCAUCGGCCUCCAGAAUGCUUUCUCAGUAGUUGAGCUGAACCCUAGCACGGCUCCCGCUCCUGGGCCCAGCUCAGGCUUUGUGCGCAUUGGUGACACCAGACUCAUCGCCGUGCAGGGGCCAGUACCUGGUCAACCCUCCUGCUGUGAAGAGGGCAUGAUGCUGCCAGAGGCGUUCACCUCCACAGCCACACACUUUAAGCCCAUCGUCUUGGCACCAGACGCAGGCGUGGCCAGGGACGCACUCUCCCUGUCCUCGGGGCCAGCCGAGAGACCCGAGGAGAAGAGAAGCCAACUGGACAGGGAGGGUGAUGGGAAGCAGACUCCUGAGGCCCAUGGAGUGGCUGCCAGCCUGAAGGCGCCUGAGCAGCAGGCACCUGGUCCCAGACCACAGGGAGCAGCCCCAGAGCCCCUCCAAGACUCAGCGCAGGGGGGCCCCUGCUCCUUACCGCUUUCCCCAGCCAGCCCACCGGAGGGGCUCUCAUUGGCAAAGGCACAGAUGCCACCCCCAGACAAAGGGCUGGAUGAACUGGUCCUUCCUGGAGGCUCUUCCGGAGGCCUCGGGCCCGGCGCCCCAGAGUCCAUUGCCCAGCAUGGCCUGUGUCACCCUGCCAAGCCGCCCAGGAAGAAGGCCACUGAGGGCCCAGGCCAGAAGCCCGAGGACCCCCCACUAGCCCCACAAGGCCCCUCCCCAGCCACAGCAAGUCCAGACAGCCCCAGGGGCACCCCUAUCAUGGGGCGGGAUGACCAGGGUCACCCCGAGCAGCCCCAGCCGUCUGGCCGAAAGCUCUGUGCAUCCAAUGUGGACACCUCACCCCUCCGGAAGAGGACAGGCUGCCUGUCGCUGCAAGAGGCCACGCGUCUCAUCCAGGAGGAGUUCGCCUUCGACGGCUACCUGGACAACGGGCUGGAGGCUCUGAUCAUGGGGGAAUAUAUUUAUGCCUUGAAAGACCUCACCUUCGCCACUUUCUGCGGUGCCAUUUCCGAGAAGUUUUGUGACCUCUACUGGGGGGAGAAGUUGCUGCAGAAUCUUUUCAAAGUUGUUAACGGGAGGACGUCGCCCCUUGAGAAUGCUUCGGAGGAGGCUGGGUCACAGCCUGAGGGCAGCAGCAGGACCAGAGCUCCGAGCAGCUUCUCACCGUCCGGCAAAAGGCCCUCCCUGCACAGAGCGGGGAAGGAGAAGCUGGCCUCUGGGCGCGUGGGCCGAGGCCCCUGCGCGCCCCCAUCACUGUCCGACGUGGACUCAGAUGAGCUCUCCCGGGGGAACUUUGAGGUGGGAUUUCGGCCUCAGAAGUCUGUGAGAGCUCAGAGGGAGCGGCCGCCCGAGGCCGAGGAUCGGCAGCAGGGGGGCGGCCCGGAGCCGGCCGGCGGAGCCUCGGACGCGGAGGCGGUGGCCCAGCUGCCCAAGCCAGAGGGGGCUGGCCCAGCCGUGAGCCCGGGACCAGCCGAGUUCCAGAGCGGCAGCCCAGGCUGGGGCAGCGCCUUCUACGAGGCCGAGUGCUUCGGCGCCGACGUCUGCAGCUACGUGGCGGAGCUGGCGCGGCAGAAGGCUGGCGGGGCCCCGGACGCCCAGAGCCCGGAGCUGGAGCAGCAGCUCGUGAUAGAGAAGAGAAACUACCGGAAGACUCUAAAGUUCUACCAGAAGCUCCUACAGAAGGAGAAGCGCAGUAAAGGCUCCGAGGUGAAGACCAUGUUGUCCAAACUGAAGGGGCAGCUGGAGGAAAUGAAGUCCAAGAUGCAGUUCCUGGGGCUGGUCAAGAAGUACCUGCAGGUCAUGUACGCAGAGCGGUGGGGCCUGGAGCCCUGCGCCCUGCCCGUGAUCGUGAACAUCGCGGCGGCCCACUGCGACACGCUGGACUUCAGCCCCCUGGAUGAGUCCUCAUCCCUCAUCUUCUACAACGUCAGCAAGCACCCGCAUGGCAGCAGGCAGAGGAAGGCCCGCGUCCUUCAGGCCGGCACACCGCUGGGACUCAUGGCAUACCUCUACUCCAGCGACGCCUUCCUGGAGGGCUACGUGCAGCAGUUCCUGUACACCUUCCGCUACUUCUGCACGCCCCACGACUUCCUGCACUUCCUCCUCGACCGCAUCAACAGCACCCUGUCCAGGGCCCACCAGGACCCCACCUCAACCUUCACCAAGAUCUACAAGCGGAGCUUCUGCCUCCUGCAGGCCUGGGUGGAAGACUGCUACGCUGUGGACUUCACGAGGAACGCUGGGCUCCUGGGGAGACUCGAGGACUUCAUCUCCUCCAAGGUCCUGCCCCUGGACGGCUCCGCGGAGCACCUAUUGGGCCUCCUGGAAGUGGGCAUGGACCGGAGGGCCGAGGGCGCCCCGCGCAGCACAGACCUGGAGGACCCCAAGGAGACCGAGGAGGACACCAGACCCCUCAAUGCCCUCUGUAAGAGGCUCUCAGAAGACGGAAUCUCCCGGAAGAGCUUCCCCUGGAGGCUGUCCCGGAGCAACGGGCUGGCGCUGCCACACAAGGAGCGCCAGUACACUAUUGCGUCCGCCCUGCCCAAGCCCUGCUUCUUCGAGGACUUCUACGGCCCCUACGCCAAGGCCAGCGAGAAGGGGCCCUACUUCCUGACCGAGUACAGCACCCACCAGCUUUUCAGCCAGCUGACACUGCUGCAGCAGGAAUUGUUCCAAAAGUGCCAUCCCGUCCACUUCUUAAACUCACGAGCCCUGGGCGUCAUGGACAAAAAUGUGGCCAUCCCCAAAGCCAGCUCUUCGGAGUCUCUGUCGGCCAAAAGCGGCAGCUUAUUUCUUCCCAACUACGUCCAGGACAAGUACCUGUUACAGCUUUUAAGAAGUGCAGAUGACGUCAGCACCUGGGUGGCUGCUGAAAUUGUGACCAGCCACACCUCCAAGUUGCAGGUGAAUUUGCUGUCCAAAUUUUUGCUGAUUGCGAAAUCUUGCUACGAGCAGAGGAACUUUGCGACGGCCAUGCAGAUCCUAGGUGGCCUGGAGCACCUGGCCGUGAGGCAGUCCCCUGCCUGGAGAAUCUUACCCGCAAAGAUAGCGGAGGUCAUGGAGGAGCUGAAAGCUGUGGAGGUCUUCCUGAAAAGUGACAGCCUGUGUCUAAUGGAAGGGCGGCGCUUCCGGGCCCAGCCCACCCUGCCCUCAGCCCGCCUCCUGGCCAUGCACAUCCAGCAGCUGGAGACCGGCGGCUUCACCAUGACCAACGGGGCCCACAGGUGGAGCAAGCUCAGGAACAUAGCCAAGGUGGUGAGCCAGGUGCACGCAUUCCAGGAGAACCCCUACACGUUCGCCCCCGACCCCAAGCUGCAGUCCCACCUCAAGCAAAGGAUCGCCCGUUUCAGCGGAGCCGACAUUUCCAUUUUAGCAGCGGACAACAGGGCCAACUUCCACCAGAUCACCAGCGAGAAGCAUUCUCGGAAGAUUCAGGACAAGCUACGCAGAAUGAAAGCCACGUUCCAGUAGCGGAGGACGAGGGUCUGGGCGUGAAUUUCAAAGCAAGGACAGACCCGGGUAGAAAGGAGCCGCCUGGCCCCGAAAGUCCACGCCAGGGCAGCACCCGCUGUUAGACAGGGACCCCAAACCACAGGGAAGAGCAGCCAGGGGCUCCGCCUAGGGGCCGGGCCACACCAGGAGGGGGCACCCAAGAUGAGGCUGCGAGGGACUCGCCGAGGGGAAGGAGCGCUGGGCUCAGACCCAACCCGAGAGGACGAGGACAGCACCGGUGGAGACGGGGUGUUUCUGCUACAGUUUAAAAAUCAAAUUUGAAAACUCAAAGUGACAGUAGAGUAAGGGAGCUCCCCAGGAGCUGCAGAGCCAUGUAUACUCAGAGAUGAACGGCUCUCGCCCAGUUCUCUAGUGAUCCAGCCCCCCAGAACCCCACACCCACACACCCAGCUCACACUUUUAAACUCACUUGCCCACUGAGCAGUGUUUUCAUGAGUCUGGCCUGUGUCUGCCCAGCAACGAAGGACCGAGACUGACCUCUGACGCCAAACCAACCACAGGUCCCAAGGGGGUCCAAAACCUUCCAUGGGGCCCCUGAGACUUCCUGGUGGCCCAAGCCCCAACCUGCGUUCACACUCUCACCCCCCAGACCUGCCCCCACAUCUUAGACUCCCCCUACUUCCCCUGACCCUAUCUAGAUGACCUCGCCCUCCACAUGUCCCCCCAGACCUCCCCCCUUCCCCAGAGCCCGUCCAGAUGACCAGGCCUCCACACCUUCCCCCACAGCCCAGACCUCUCCCCAACUUCCCCUGACCCAGU